AUGACCCUCGUCGUCUGCCCCCCUCUAGUCUGUUCUGCUGAAAAAAUCUCGACGACUGUGGCACACCCACCUCCCGGUAGUCCCAUCGUCGCCUCCAGUCCUUGCUGCCACCUCUGCAGUGUCUACAGACAAUUGCCAAAACGUGGGAAAGUCAAUCACACGCAAGGCUGCUCUACACUCUACCUCUGCUGCUACCUCCUCAGUGUCGUCGCCUACUUUAUGCUCUGCACGGAGCAGAAUCGACAGCGUGCGUCACCACGCCAUCCCCUUCUUCUGUACAGUGUAAAUAAACCCUUCUACGCUCCGUUUCCCACUACUGUUUUCGCCGUGGUGACUAAGGAGAGAACGCCGACGGCUUCAACGUCACUCCCAUCGCACUUUUGCAUUCCCUUUAUGGCUCAUUUGCGACAAUGGCGGUGGUUUAUUGUCAGUCUCAUCUUUUUCUACGGCCUAGGGUUGUUUGUCUCACCAGCACGAGCUACUAGUAUUGGAGUGGCUCUGCGAGUCUUUGAUUCAUCCAACGGAUCGCGGAUUUUGGGACGAAGUCAACGGAGCACAGAGGACUUUGAGCGUCUGCUUAAGACGGAUGUCGGAUUCCUGUGUCUACUGGAUGGCGCUCCUGAAAUGGUGGAGCAAAAGUUCUUCGUGGGCAUUCACAAGAACGGAACACUGGAGGUCACGAAAGGGGCUAAACGUGAGCGCUCUUCCCUUGUCUUAUAA